AAACUAGAAUUUGUUCUCUUUUUCAAAAAAAAAGAAAUGUACACUUAACUGAGUAGAGAAUUUUUUUACUAGGAUUGAGGUACAACCAACAAAAGUAAAAUGUAAGCUACACUAAAAUACUCACUUUGUUUAUUUGAAAUUCAAAUAUGUUUUGCUUAAUAUCCACGACUAAAACUAAAAUAAACCAAUAACUCUACGGGCUCGUUUGGUACGGGGAUAAGGUGAAAUAUUUCAGGAUUACAUUUGAAAUUAAAUUUAUACUAUAUUUGAUUGAUGAUAUAAAUAUUAUCCUCCGGCAUAUCCACCUUAUUCAGAUUGUUUUAUUCCAGCUCACAGUUGGAAUACAUUAGCACAAGAAUUAUAAUCUAAUAAGACUAUAAUAGUCGGCAAAACUAUAGGAUACUUUUUCCAUAAGUUGAAUAAAGACUGCGUAUUUUUUCUCCACCAAGCACGUAUUCCUUCAGUGUUGUCAACAUUCCAGUGCCUGCCAAUACUCGCGGAAGAAAACAUGGCCGUUAGAUUCAAACAUUCAAAACAAUCCCUUUCCCUUUCUUCAGAAUGUGUUAACAAGUUCAUCAAAACCCAAAUAAACCUUUCAAAACCCACUCCAAAACUCUGGUCUGAUCAUAAUAACACUGAAUCUUUAUACAACAAUGGUGCACAUAUAUUGAAUUUGAGCCACCCCAUUUUACGCAUAUUAGAUUCUUGCACCCCAAAUUUAAGUCAAUUUAAUCAAAUACAUGCACAACUAGUUGUUUUAGGCAUUUUUCAACACCCUUUAGCAGCAGGUCGAGUUAUAAAGAAACUUUGCUCUUUAGAACCUACUUUUGGUCAUGCUUUAAAGAUUUUUGAAAAUCUUGAAAACCCAGAUGCUUUUAUUUGUAAUUUAAUUAUGAAAAGAUUUGUGAGUUUUGAUGAACCAGAAAAAGCUUUGUUGUUUUACUUUGAUAAAAUGGUUAAAAAUGGGAUCUUUACGAAUCAUUACACGUUUCCUAUAUUGGUUAAGGCUUGUGCUGAUUUAGGUAUGGUAAAUGAAGGGAAAAAGAUUCAUGCCCAUGUUGUGAAAUGUGGGUUUGAGUUGGAUUUGUAUAAUAGGAAUGUUUUGAUUCAUAUGUAUUCGGUUUGUUGUCGGAUUGAUGAUGCAAGGAAGGUGUUUGAUUUAAGUUCUGACUCAGAUUUGGUGACUUGGAAUAGUAUGAUUGAUGGGUAUGUGAAAAAUGGAGAAGUGGAGCUUGCGCGUUGUGUUUUUGAUGUAAUGCCUGAAAGGGAUGUUUUUAGUUGGAAUUCCAUGUUAUCUGGAUAUGUGGGGAUUGGAGAUAUGGAGGAAGCAAAUUUACUGUUUAUGGAUAUGCCUUCGAGGGAUAUUGUUUCUUGGAAUUGUUUGCUUGAUGGAUAUGCUAAGAUUGGAAAUGUAGUAGCUGCCCGUGCUCUUUUUGAGCAGAUGGAUUAUCGGAAUGUAGUUUCUUGGAAUAUUUUAAUGGCACUUUAUGUGCGUUUGAAGGACUACACGGGAUGUUUGGGAUUGUUUGAUAUAAUGAUGCAAGGAAGAGAUAUUCAGCCAAAUGAGGCUAUCCUUAUGAGUGUUUUGACUGCUUGUGCACAUUUAGGGAAACUUGAUCGAGGAAAGUGGAUACAUUCUUAUAUAAGAUAUAGCGGGAGGAUUAAGCCUGACAUGUUGCUUUCGACUUCCCUAUUGACAAUGUAUGCUAAGUGUGGUGAGAUGGAUUUGGCGAAGGAGGUGUUUGCUGGGAUGCUAGAGAAAAGUGUUGUCUCGUGGAACUCUAUGAUCAUGGCUUAUGGGACCCACGGGCACGGCGAGGCAGCACUUGAAACAUUCUUGGAGAUGGAAAAAAGUGGAGUGACACCUAAUGAUGCUACGUUCAUUUGUGUUCUAAGUGCGUGUACUCAUUCAGGGAUGGUAUUAGAGGGGUGGUGGUAUUUUAAUGUGAUGACUAGAGUUUAUAGAAUAGAGCCUAGAGUUGAGCACUACGGCUGCAUGAUUGAUCUUCUUGGGCGGGCUGGUUUGAUGAGAGAUUCUGAAGACCUCAUCAAGAAUAUGCCUAUGGACUCCGGGCCUACAUUAUGGGGAGCUCUGCUUUCAGCUUGCAAGACCCACUCAAAUCUGGAACUUGGUGAGAUUGUCGCCAGGAGAUUGGUUGAGAGGGAUCCAGAGGAUAUUGGAUCCUAUGUGCUUCUAUCCAACAUAUAUGCUGCACAAGAGAGAUGGGAUGACGUGGAGAAGGUAAGAAAAAUGAUGGUUGUAAAUGGAAUUAGAAAGGAAUCAGGAUCUAGCCUAGUACAAUUUUCAAACUCGGAGAUGUGGUGUUUUCCAGAAAAUGUUUCAGUACACAAGAGAAUUAUGAUGCAUUCCAUGUUGAGUGAGAUGGGAGCCCACAUCAAAUGCCAGAGUGAAAGGUGAUGGAAUGAAGGAACUUGAAUACAAUGGAAGGCCUUGGAGAAGCAACAACAGAGACAUGGAUGUCAAAAGAGAUAUAACGAAUCAAGGACAUCAAAAUCGCAGAACAAAACUCAUAUUUCUGGUACAGCAGAAAGUUCGGCAUGGUACAGCAAGUACAUUAUGCUUGUUUGACUGUAUACAACUGACCUGCAACUUUUGUGGUGGGACGAAGGCUGACAAUUGGAAAAGAGAAAGUGAACAUCAUCGAUCUGGAAUUCAUGAAAGUUUAGAAUUUGAAUUGGAUGAAAGAUUAGAAUUUUGAAUUGGCUGAGAUAUCCUCUGCUUGAAGAAAAAAUAACUAGUGGAUAACUUAAGAUCAUCACAUAUUGCAGUGAAAUCCCAAAGUUGGCAGGAAAGGCAUCUGAAUAAGCUGAGUACUCUAAAGUUCCCUACUUCGGUUUCUUUUAUACAUAAUAUAUCUGAAGAUUCUUCAGGCUAAGAUAGCUGAUUGAUUCUAAUAGCUGUCUUCUAUUGUAUCUGUAACGAUCACAGUUUUCCCGCCUUUUUCUGUAACAGCGACAGCUACUAUAGUAUGUUUGCAGUUAACUUCUUUGCCUGUUCUUGGUUACUUGUGUUAUUAUUAAGAGCUAAGAGGUUCUCAUGACUUGAGUCUUGUGACUAGGAUCAGUGUUCCAUUUGUAGAGGUUAAUUUGGGUGGCUGUGUUUGACUGUUUUCCAAUAAAUGAUAGCAUUUGCUUUGAAUCUAUGUGCAGAAAUUUGUAGUCUAAUGUAAUGCAAGAAAUGUUUUAAGUUUGAACGAUCAGAUGUGUGAUCUAAUUGAAGAGCUUUUAGUUUACACAUGAAACAAUAUACUAUAAUAGUUUUGAAUAAACAUAUUUUGAAUAGAAGACUACUCCCAAUGUUCCGUUUUAUGUGAGACUCUUUCCUUUUUAGUUUGUUCCCAAAAAAAUGACACCUUUCUAUAUUUAGAAACAGUUCAACUUCCAAUUUUAUGCUUACAAACAUUGUUUUAUAGCCACAGUAAUGCCGUGGCACUUUUAAGACCACAAGUUCCAAUAUUUUUCUUUUUUGUCUUAAACUCUGUUGCCAGUAAUCAUCUUCACAUAAAAUGAAACAGGGGGGCUAAUUCCGUGUGAUGCAGAAUUUAGUACUUUAAGCAAUGUCUGUGUACUGAUUGAAUUUGGAAUGGCGGAUGCUGUUCAUGAAAAUGAUGGGCUCAAGGUGUUUUACUUAAGUGAGCUGCACGAGACCGAGUGAAACAACCCGGGCAUAUCUGAGAGUUUCCCAGAGUUUGCAUGAAGAUAAAAGAUGCUACAAAGACUGAGAGAACUUGGAGAGGAGCCAUUUGGAUUAAAGAUUACAAGAAAGGGCAAUUAAGCAAAAGAAAAAAAGUUGGUGUUGCAUGGAAAUGAAAUGGCGUUUGAGUAUUUAUAGAGAACUGAACGCAGCAAAUAAACCUCCACGUGGGUAAAGCUUAACUAUGACUUUUGACAUUGUUCAACUUCAAUUUGAAUGCAUGGAAUUCUGCCUUUACUUUCCUAAGCAACUUUCUUGGACCUUAAAUCACUUGUUUUAGAUAAUUUUGGGAGAUACUUUCUCACUUUAUUAGGAGAAUAUUUUUUGCUUCU